UUAUUAUGUAGUUGAGGAGCCUCCCCUCUACAUGUUUGGACAGUCGUCUAUGGGUGACCCAGUUUCAGACGCUUUGUUCGGGGGAACCGCCUGCAUCAGUUUUGUAGGCUACCUUUAUUCAAAGAGGUCAGUUAAAUUAUUUAUAAUGAAACAAUUUAUAUGACAGUAUUUGAUAUAUAUAAGUUAACUUCAAUGCAUUUGGGAACAGCAAGUGGGGACAUAUUGGGGACAUUUUAGUGAUUCUCUCACACGACACAAAUUGUGUUAGUAAUGAGGCGCAUGAGCAGAUUCUUCACAUCAACCGAGAGAGAGUUCGACUGACACAAAACACUCGUCCGCUGGAAUUAACCUACUGUAGACAGUGGCAGCGCUUUCUUAGUGGACGCCUGAUACUGGCUCUCAUUACCAAUGAGACUUGGCAUCUUGUUGGAGUAGGAUAAGAAAUGACGGGUCCCUAGCGACGCUAAGGGUGGACUGAAUCUCAACCAAAGAGGAAUAACAAGUGAUGACAACAUCUGAAGUUGAGCAUGAAGCAUCGCGGUUCGUAACUCUUUCAAUCGAAGUAGAUUUAUGUCUAGGAUAAUUGCUCAGAUUCUCCGAAAUAUCUCCCGUAUGACUAUAUGUUAAAUCGAAGAUCCACCUGGUUCAGCAGAAGUGUUUUGGAAGCCCGUCUGUGUGAGAAUGAAGUCCAGGCACAGGUUGUGUUCAGCAGGCUGGGAGUCAGUGGUGCUGUCCAGCGUCCUGCUGCUUCACUUCGCUUCUUUGUGUGUUAAUGGCAGUUCCUUUAUCUCCAACUCUACUGGGACUAACUCCUCAGACCUGAAUGGGAAUGGGCUUAAGCUUGCACUUCCUAUCACCAGGACCCACGUUCACUCUCAGAAACCACGAGCUGGAGAAGAGUCCGGCAGCCUUGGAGAAACCUCAUCCAGUGCUGUGAGGGACAGCAGUUUUGAAAGGGAACACGUUAUUGAUUUGAUGAUAGAUGGCAUGGCUGCCCGGCUGCCCACGCUGGCUGAACCCCGGACACGUGGCCUGUCCCAGCUAGACUUUAACGAGGAGAGAACUGAGGACAGUGCUCCACGCUGGAAAAGCGAGAGACUACAAGCGGAUGGGACAUUUAUAGAUCCGGUCACUAGUCCUUCUCCUGAGUCCACCCCUUCCCAACCAGAAGAAGUUAUCACGGUGAAUUUUUACAAUCCUUCUUACCAACAGAGUGUUCUUGAUCCUCCUGCUUGGGUUCAGGAGCUCCAGGGUAGUUUUUAUGAUUAUCUAUCACCUGACUAUUCACCCACUGAAGUUUAUCUAGAGGAGAGCCAACCAUUGCCACCUGACAUGGAAGAUGAAAACGUUCCUCUCAUAGCCAGCACAGUUCCCUCCAACGCUAGAGUUAUUACCCUUGAUGAUGGAUCUGGAGAAUCUUCAGCUGGAGCAUCGGACGUGCUCACCUCCGGUUGUCUCUAUGGUUUUGUGCGUUACAAUGGCACAUGUAUCUCGUCAUGCGACAUCUUCCCUAGUUACUGCUUCAAUGGAGGACAGUGUUAUGUGGUGGACAGUAUUGGUGCUUUUUGCCGGUGUAACAUUCAGGAGUAUAUCUGGAACAAAGGUUCAAGGUGCGAGUCGGUCAUUUCUGAUUUCCAAGUGAUGUGUAUAGCGGUGGGUGGAGCUGCUGUCAUGUUGUUACUCCUCUUCAUGGUUAUAGUCGUUUUCUCCAAGAGGAUGCACGUGCUAAAGACUGAAAACAGACGACUUCGCAAGCACAGUAAGUUUCGUCCUAAGUCGGAGCAGCACAUCGAUAACUUCUCGCUGUCCACUGUCGCAGAGGGCUCUCAGGCAAAUGUAAGGAAACUCUGUGACACCCCGACUAACCUCCCCUAUGCCCGUGCUUUGGCUUGCUAUGAUAACCUUAUGUGUCAGAAAACCAUGAGCAGAUACACGUGGGAAUAUAAACCCAAAGAGGAUCCCUGCAGCGAGGAUUGCACUUGCAAAGAAGAGCCAUGCAAAUGUCCCCCUAAAGAGGACGAGUCUUUGAAGAACCAGAACUCACUCAUGCCAAAACUGGAAGACGACAAGGCUGCAACAGAAGACAGUGCAGAGGAGGUAAACUCACUGCAGAACAACGUGUAGUAACACCCUUUGCCACAGGCUAGUUCUGUGACUGUAGCAAGACACAUUUUUGACACCUUUAAAUGACUACAAUUCCCUAAUUAGUGGACUAAGCACUCUUGGCAUGGCACUCUUCCUUGCACUCUCCCCCGGAUGGCUAAAUGUGGGCUUCAAAACAAACAAAGCACUGAACUAGCAUGCUAACUUUUGCUUGUACUCUGUCAUCAUACAGUGGAGAGUACCAUAUCAGCAAUUUGGUGUUGGUGCAUUCACCUUGUCCUUGCUUGCUGUCACUGCUGAUGUCACACUGCAUUCUGUCAUGUCAAGCUUUUUUAUGCUGUGUUCAUGCUAUGCUGUAAAACACUUCACCCAUGACCCAAAGGUUUAGCCUCCAGGUUUUCAACCUUUGACCUUUAGUCCUCACCGUUGUCAUCUCUGAACUCCUGUCUGUCCUGCAUGCAUUGGUGUUCUUUGGUACACAAGAAAACGUCUGUGGGGAAAUAACGUAGCUAUUUAGACUGUGUAAAACUUAGUCAGUGCAUACAUCUAAAUAUGUAUAUGUACAAAUACUGCUUAGAUUAAUAUUUAUUUGCCGUAUCAUAAUUUUAAUGCUCAUUGUGUUUUGAAACAAAUUGAUUUCAAAUUAUUUUGGUGUAUUGAAUUUUUUUUUUUUCUUUUUCAAAUGGGAAUAAAUAAAGGCAGUUUGUUUGGAAUAAAACAUUUUACCGGUACGUGAUUGAGUAUUCCUGAACUCCAUGCUCCUGUUUUGACUCCUGUUAACUCUUUCACUGCUCCUCCUCACUCUUUUGCUUCGCUUCUGUGCAUGGCUUUAGCGUUCCUCGGAUACUGCUAACCACACAGGACAUUUCUUGAAAGGCUAGGUUGACUUUACAUAUUUGGGUUUGCAUAAUUUAGACAAAACAUUAAUAUUUUUUGCUGUCCAUUCUGGUUGUGAGUUGGCAAAGGGAAAUAAAAAAAUUGGACACAAAUCAAUAUAUCAUAUAACUAGAUGUAGAACAUGUUCAUAAGUAACAAUUUUCCUCUUUCCAAAAUGAUGAAUUUUAUUUAUAUUUUUUACAAUAGCUUACUUGUCCCAAUCUUAUCUUACUGAUCCCAAACCUUUGAAUGUGCUUACUUGCUUGUUGAGUCUUGCAUCACUCAUCAAUAGAUUCACUUGUAAAUUAGCAUAAGAAUCCUGUCUAUUAACUGCUAAAAAUGUGAUGAAGCUACAGUAGUUCUGAAGUUUCCCACCUAAGUGCAACACCUUAAGUUUGAAAAGCUGCUUUCCUCUGAAAGUCUAUCCAAAGAGCAGAAACUGAGUUUUUUUAUCUAAUCUAUUAAGAAUUGAAUUACUGAUGUAAGAAUUAGACAUUAACGUUUAAUUUGGUAGUAAUGCCAGAUGUUUCCAGUGGAUUUAUAAGCAGACCAGAU